AGGAUUUUUUGGGUAUGAAUCCGCUAGGAAAUGCCGGUGCUAUUGGAAAAUGUAAAAAGAUCCGGUUCAUUAAAGCGAAUCCAGUUACUACUGUACAAUCUUUCGUUACGGAAAGCUCUACGAGGUCAACCAUUUGUGGUAAGGAGGUACGAUCUUUUUACGAAGCAUUGCUAGCUGAACCUUCUACUUCAAUAGUUCCGGAUACCUCGAUGAAGAUGCAGUUGGGAAAGAUCAAGAAUAGCAACAAACAGCCUCGGAAGUCCAUGAAGCUAUCAGAUGACAUCUCGAAAAAACAAGGUGAUAUUAAGGAAAACUUCGAGCAACUUUUCAAAGAUGCCACAAAUGGAAAUGUACGAGGUGUCAUGGAUUGUUGCCGUAAGACAGGAAUGGAUCUCAAUGUAUCGGAUCAAUACGGUUGGACUGCAUUAAUGUGUGCAAGUUAUGCUGGUCAUUUACUUGUUGUUAAAUAUUUGCUGUCGAUGGGAGUGGAUAUUUCAAAGCGGAGCAAAUCAGGUGAAACAGCUGCCGACUUUGCAUUGAAAUGUGGACAUCAUGAAAUAUACCGAUAUAUUACUUCGCAUGAAAAAGGAGAAUCCAAGAUGCUGUGUGACCCAUCUCUGCGAAAGGUCAAAGGAUCCAGAAAGCUUUUGGAAAUUAUGCGGUUUUGUGAUGCCUGUCAAUGUACUUAUGUAGGCGAGGCUCACCUAAGCAGUGUAGCGCACCUUUUGGAAACCCGUAAACCGGUGCUUGAUCCAGGCUAUGGAAUUCCAGAGUGGAAUAAAGGUUAUCGUAUUCUACGGAGAAGUGGCUGGGAUGAAUUUGAAGGAUUAGGUCGUGAUGCUACCGGUAGGCGAUAUCCGAUAAAAACAGUACUGAAGAGAGAUAAGCUUGGCUUAGGCUGUGUUACCUCUGAUACACCUAAAGUGACUCAUUUCAAGGCUAAAGAUAUAAAUGCGGUGAAAUCAAGGCCUACGACAAGAGAAAAGGAGAUGAGAGACUAUAGGAAGCGAAUACUUCAUGAAAAGAUUUUAGAACAUCGAUUUAGAAGUAUGUUUAGGGAUGACUGAUAUACAUUUGUUGGGCAG